GCUCCCUAGCAGGGGAAAAGCCUCUCACAGCAACCUCCAUGAGGCUGAUGCUUUUGGAAUUAGCUGACACCUUCCAAGCAAGCGUGAAAAAGCAACUGCAGGGCCUGGCAGCAGAGAUGAGGAAGGACAUAGCAGAAAUAGGCCAGUGCACAGCUCAAGUGGUGCAGAAGCUAGAUGAAUGUGUGGACGCACACAACUGCCUGGCAGAUAAAGUGCAA